AUGGACUGGUUCUCAUGGCUGUCAAAAACUGGCCUUGACCCAUCGCUUAUAUACGAGUAUGGCCUCGCCUUCUCUCGCAACGAGCUGCAAUUCGAGGACGUGAGUUACUUCGACCAUGAGUUUCUGCAGAGCAUGGGGAUUUCUGUGGCCAAACACAGGCUAGAGAUACUCAAGCUUGCCAAGAAGGAGAGGAGUGGAUUAGGAGGCCACCCAAGGUCGCUUUCAAGGCUAAGCUGGGCGCUUAUCAGAACCAAGAAGUGCUUCAGCAAGUACUUUAACAAGUGGGUUUUUCACGAGGACCUGUCUCUUAAGGAUGCGGGUGAGGGGGCAGCUAGGUAUCAAGACCAUUGGAGAGGAGCUUUCUUGAGGAAACACAAGGCCACUGUCAAUGGGGAGGUGAAGGAAGAGAAGCCAGUAAUGUUCAAAACUAGAAGCUUAGCGCUUUCUGGACCUUUGGAUGGGAGAGUCCAAGAGAGAUUGAUGGCCAAAAAUAAUAAUAAUGGGACCUUGAAGCUAUCUGGGCCGUUGGAUGGGAAGGUUCAUGAGAGGUUGAUGUAUACAAAUAGAAGCCCAAGACUUACAGGUCCUUUGGAUGUGAAUGGAAGGGCACCAGAGAGGCUGUUGGUUGAAACUACUAGGAGCCCCAAGUUGUCUGGGCCUUUGGAGGGAAGAACACAUGAGAGGUUCAUGGUCUCAAACAAAAGUCCAAGGCUGUCUGGUCCUCUGGAUGGAAGACUUGUUGUGAGCCCAAAUUUUUGCACUCCAUAUGAGAAGGAGAGGGUUGACGACAUUGAUUACGAUGAUCAUCCACUUUGGACUGCACUGUUUCAGGAUAUGAAACCCACUUGA